AUGCCAAAUCACCUUGCCGACACCACCAAGCUCGAACCCAGCAAAGACCCAAUGCCAAGCUGCAUCAACAAUUUUUCCAGGCACCCAGCUCCUCAAAACUGGUGCUUCAACUCCAGGCACUUGCCGAACCCCUGCUCCGAUUUGCUCAAGACACCCAAAACGCAAAGAUGCCGAACCACUAAGGGCCUAGACCCGAGUGCCCAGCUCAACCAAAGUGCUCAAGGCACCUUCAAAUCUCUGCUUGCCGAACGGCAAGCACCGUUCGGACGGAAAGGGAGACACCCGAUCUGCCCAGCUCCGGCUCAGCUUGCCGAAGGAACGAACAUCUACUAA